AUGUGGGGGGGGGGGGGGGGGGGGGGGGGGGGGCGGGGGGCGGGGAUGGGGGGUGGGGCAGGACCGGGGGGGGGGGUGGGGAUAGGGCGGGGGGGGGGGGAGUGGCGCCGGGGAGGGGUGGGGGGCCACGCGGCGCAGCGGCUGACGCGACCCGGAGGAGGGAGGCGGGAGGAUGGGGGGGGGCGGGGGGACUGCCCGUCCGAGGGGGCGGAGGCGAGGGGGGGGCUGAGGGGGUGGCGGGGCGGCGUGGCGUGGCUGGCAGCACGGGGGGGGGGGAGGCAGGGAGGUGCGGCGACGUCCAGGGGGGGGUGGUGGAGUAAGGGGGAGGGCGGGGCGGGGACGGCGGUGGGUGGGGGCGGUGGGGUGCAGGAGGGUGUGGGGGCCCGGGCCCCAGCGGGAGGGAGGCGAGAGACGCCACAAAGCCCCCCCAGGGGCCCGAGGAGGGGGGGGGGGGAGGGGGGGAGUCAGUGGGGGGACCGGGGUCGCGAUCGCGGCGGGGGCUGGGCGCGGGCGGGCCGACCGGGAGGGCGCGGCGAUCGGAGGGUGACGGAAGGGGGGUGGAGGGGGAGGAGCGGCGGGGCGGGCACGGGGGUGGGGUGGGCGGGGGGUACGAGCGGGGGGGGGGUGGGGGGGGGCGGGGAGGGCGGGGGGGUGGGGGGGUGCGCGGGCGCUGCCAGAAUGUUGAAUCCACAGAAGGAAACAUCGAGGAAGAGGACGAGGAAGAAUGAGGAGAAGUCUGCUGUGUCCUCGAAGAGGCAACCCAGCUCAAGUUUGGACAAGACAGAGGCGUCAACUGAUCCCAGUGGUAUAUCCCGGAUGAGCGUUUCUUCUAUGGACUCACCUAUGUCUUUCUCAACUGAUCUCAAAAGUUCUUUGGAUCCCUCAAACAGACUGGCCGUAACAAGUACUGCUUCUAAGGCUGAGUUCAUCGAUUUCAAAAAUCUCCCCAUGCGUUUGGACAAGACAAAGGCGUCAACUGAUCCCAGUGGUAUAUCCCGGAUGAGCAUUUCUUCUAUGGACUCACCUAUGUCUUUUUCACUUGAUCUCAAAAGACCACAGGUCCCUCUCUGUUGUGUUUGUCAAGAGACUUGUGAAGACGAAGAUGACCGUUUGUACUUAGCAUGUGAACAUGUGGUCUGUUCUCCAUGUGUAAUGCCCAUCAUGGAUCAGUCAGAUUCAUUCUGUUGUCCUCUGUGUACAACCCACCAGAGAUUAGCACCAAACCAGAAGAAUCUAGGACUCCUGACAGGGGACACAAAACUCUCUGACAAAACUCAGAAACUCAAAUGUGAGAUGCUCAAGAAGUUUUCAAUGACGAGUGAAGGAAAUGGAGAUGAGAGGAGUCCUCUACACCACAUCUACACACCACUGUCUGUGAACUUCAGGACAAACGUUUCAUCCGAGCACUACUCCACAUAUUUGAUGAAGAAUCCAGAUUCUCCACAAGAAUUUGGAAAUCUAAAGCUCUUCCAACGCCCAGCGUUUGACCUUCUGAAGAUGACUAUCGACCAAGUCCUGGAGCAGAACGGUGGCCACCUAUACUUCUUCCAGCGUUUUCUCCUUGGUCUUGUGGUUGAAAAUAAUAAGAGAUUUAUUCCUGGCUUACUGGUCCCAUUAGAGUCAAGUGAAGAGAUAGCGAGGAAAAUGUUGGGUCACCUCAAAAACCUUCGACGUAAAACCAUAUCUCCAGACACCUGCAUUCACCUGUUCCAAACCAUGGUGGAAAUGGGAGACACCAAGAUUAGUGAUGAAAUACAAGAUUAUCUAAAGUCGGAGGACAGAGCCCGAAUUCAGCUGACCCCACUGCAUUGCUCUGCACUGGCCUUCACCAUGCAGGUUUCAAAGAGUGUUCUGGAAGAAUUCAACAUGAAAAUGUACAAUACAUCUGAAGAGGGACGAAGAAGGCUCAUCCCGGCUCUUCGGAGCUGCAAAAAGGCUAACCUGUCGGACUGCAGGGUGGCCUCGUUCUUGAGGCCUCUGUCUUUGGUUUUGACUUCUCUGCACUCAUCUCUGAGACAUCUGGACCUGAGCAACAAUGACCUGCAGGACUCUGGAGUGAAGCUGCUCUGUGAAGGGCUGGAGAGUCCUGCCUGUAAACUCAAAGUGCUCAAUCUGUCUGGUUGCUUAGUGACAGAUGAAGGUUUUGCUUUUGUGGUCUCGACUCUGCAGUCAAACCCGAGUCACCUGAAGGAGCUGGACCUCAGUUAUAACCAUCUGAAGGACCCAGAAGCUCUGCUUCUAAAGUGUGACCUCAGCCACAUCCAGAUCAUUACGGCUCAUGGUGAAAGUCAUAGAAUGACCCCAGGACUGAGGAAAUAUGUGUUUGAUCUCACAUGGGACUCUCAACUGGCCGAUAGAGGGGUGAAGUUUUCUGAUGAUCUCAGGGAAGCGUCCCGCUCUGAAGAGGGACCAGACUCAGUGCUGGUGCGAGGAGCACAGGGCCUGAGCGGCCGCUGUUACUGGGAGAUAUCCAUCCCUGAACCGUUUAACGUCGGAGUCACAUACUGGAGCAAAGAGCUGGAGGAUGUGCAGUUUAGGCUGGGACAAAAUGAUAAGUCCUGGAGCUUUGUUUGCUCUGAGAUUGGCUGCUACGCAUUUCAUAACAAUGAGAGCUUCCCGGUUCACUCAGCUCACCGCUCUCGCUUCAGGUACCUGGGCAUCUACCUGGACCAGCCGGCCGGUAUCCUCUCCUUCUACCGAGUCUCAGAAGGCAGCAGAGCGCAUCUCUACACCUUUACAGAGAAAUUCACUGAUAUUCUGUUUGCGGCUGCGGAGAUGAAGACAAAUUCCUCAGCCAAAAUACUGCGUCGACCUGGAAAAGAGCUUUUAACUUGA